GGCGGGACUUCCGGCCGCGAUCCCCACCGGGGGCGGGAUUUCCUGUUUUCUUCCUAGAGAAGGGGCCUCUCUGGGCUGCGGGCGUGGUGUAGCCCGGGUCGGCGGCCUUACUUCGGUGGUAGGAUACUUCUUGGACGUCCCGCUCCGUGUCCCGUGCUGCAGACGUUUUCUUUUCUGUCUCCCUCCACAACUGUCCUGGGUGGCCUGCACCUUCCCGCUGGGCAGCUCCCCCUUCCUGGUUUGCCCCCGAGUGAGUUGCCCUCCUUCAGCCGCGCUCACAAGCCACUUGCCCGGGAACACACUGCUGCCGUGGCUACCCCGAGAUCUAGUGCCUAGGAGCUGGGCCUUGCCAUUCGUCGCCUUCUCAUAUUCUUUCUCAUGGAAGUGAAAACCAAAGCUGUGUCAUCGUGGACCAGUCACUUUCUUGCCCUUAGCCGUAACCCUAAACUUCCAGCCUCCUUCAUUAGGAGAGGUGGACGGUGUGUGUAGGAGUCGCUGGGCGCCUUUUAAAGCUGUAGGCAGGACUUUGAGGUCCAGCAGACAGUACUAUCAAAUCACUGCACCUUUCUCCCUCUCAGUGGAAAGAUGGGGUGGGGAAUACAGUCUACUGAGGUAGGCAGAGUGGAACUCAGGAUUGGCAGAAGGCUCUAGAUACAGACUGCCCUUCUCAGGGGUCAGUUCUGCCAGUAUAACUGUCGAGAUGCCGGGUUCAGAGCUUAAGGCUGUAAAGUGGGGUGUCCAUUGCUGAUUCUUGUAGGAAGUAAGAGGUUGCUUAGGAACAGUGAUCAUCUCCUGGUCCAACAUGUAAGUCGUUCCCACUUUGGUGAGUCAGGUGCAGCGGACCAGUGUGGAGUCUGUGAGCAGACUGGCUCUUUCUGUUUCUUCACUGUGGUCCUGGUGGGCUUGAGUCCCUCCAGUGAUGAGGUGCUGAUUACCUCUUAGAGCCCUCGGCUGCCUAGAAGUUGUGGUUCACACACUGCUUCAAGAUGGGCACAGCUAGCCAGUGGUCCAAGGUCACAGUAAAUCAUGGUGGGGGGCUGGGGAUCCUUGGGCUCCAGGAGUUCUGUCUGAUGGGGAGACAGGCAGCAGAACAGCUCUACAAGCACCACAGAGCCCUGUGCAGCAGAGGCUGAGGAGACGAAGCUGAUGCCGUGAUUCUGGGCACGUAGCAGCUUGUAUCUUCCUGUGCCCACCUUCAGCCCAGCGCCCAUCUCUCUCCUAGAAGAAUUGUCCCAGGGAAGGAGGUAUCCCCCUCACCUGGUGAUUGGAAAGCUGGCGGUGACCUGAGAACCAGUGAGCUGGGUGUGGGGUCCACCUGGUCCUGGUCACUCCAGAGGGAGAGGACCUGCUGGACCAAGUGAAAGACGAAGGCGCUGUGCUACAGAAGCUGUGCAAGUCUGGGUCUCUGUAUCCCAGGCUGACUUCAAAGCCAUAACAGUCUUGCUUCAGUCUCUGAGUACCGUGAUUUCGGGGCUCGGAUGGCGUCUGGGCGGCCGGAGGAACUGUGGGAAGCCGUCGUGGGGGCUGCCGAGCGCUUUCGGGCCCGCACUGGCACGGAGCUGGUAUUACUGACUGCAGCACCGCCGCCCCCGCCCCGCCCAGGGCCCUGUGCCUAUGCUGCCCAUGGCCGAGGAGCCCUGGCAGAGGCCGCCCGACGCUGCCUCCACGACAUCGCACAGGCACACAGGGCUGCCACUGCCACCCGACCUCCGGGUCCCCCACCAGCACCACAGCCGACCAGCCCUGCUCCCAGCCCACCACCUCGGCCAGCCCUGGCCAGGGAGGAGGAUGAGGAGGAUGAGGACGAACCCACUGAAACAGAGACAUCUGGGGAGCGGCUGGGCGGUAGCGAUGAUGGAGGUCUCUUCAUGAUGGAUGAGGAUGCCACCCUCCAGGACCUGCCCCCCUUCUGCGAGUCAGACCCGGAGAGCACAGACGACGGCAGCCUGAGUGAGGAGACACCCGCCGGACCCCCAGCCUGCCCCAAGCCCCCGGCCACAGCCCUGCCGACCCAGCAGUAUGCCAAGUCUCUGCCCGUGUCGGUGCCAGUGUGGGCCUUCAAGGAGAAGAGGACAGAAGCCCGAUCGUCAGAUGAGGAGAAUGGCCCGCCCUCCUCGCCCGACCUGGACCGAAUAGCCGCUAGCAUGCGCGCGCUGGUGCUGCGGGAGGCGGAGGACACGCAGGUCUUCGGGGACCUUCCGCGGCCGCGGCUCAAUACCAGCGACUUCCAGAAGCUGAAGCGGAAGUAUUAGUUGUGCAGGACGCCUCGGCGCGCUGGAGAGGCCGCGGUCGGCUCUGCCCGGCAACAGAACAGUUCUUUCGGGAUUGGCUCGCCCCGGCCGGGCGGGGCUGGUUCUAAAUGCUCGCAGGGUCGACUCCGUUCCUAGCCUAGCGACAGCAGCUUUGCCCGCACUGCCUCGACUCGCGGCCCCAGGGCAGAGCCCCGCUGCGGGAGCUAGCGCUGCUCGCCGGUGUGCAAGAGUUGCCAGCCGCCCGUGUCCCCUACCCGAUUGGCCCCGGCCUCCUGGGAGUGUGGCCAAGCCCUCCCUGACCCAGGAUUGGCCCGAGGCCUUGAAUUUCUUACACUACUAGGGCUGUUACUUUUUUUUUUCUCCUUUGCCUGAGUCCUGACAAUUGUGUCCCUGUCCCCCAGGGGACAGUCUGGUCCUUCUCCGCGUCUGACGCCCCCUAUAGGUUCCACCGCACGACAUCCUGUCCAUCAAAACUUGUCCUGUACCCAGGACGCUACCAGCUUCCUGUCCCCCGACCCUAACAGGUGCCUUAAAAGGUCCUCUCCCACCCAAGGUGGGGGGGCCAGGGGACCUCACUUUCCGGCCCUGGAUUUGGGUGCGGGAGAGUGGGAUGGGGGUCGGGAGGGGCGCUCUGAGAUUAAAGUUUUACCUCUGA